AUGGCAGAAUACGAAGCAUGCAUCAUGGGUAUUCGUGUGGCUAUAGAGCGAAGAAUCAAAGUGUUAGAGGUUUAUGGAGAUUCGACAUUGGUGAUAUAUCAGCUCAAGGGUGAGUGGGAAAUGAGAGAUCCCAAAUUAAUCAGUUAUCGAAAGUUGGUCCUUGAAUUGAUUAAAGAGUUUGAGAACGUCACUUUUUGCUAUCUCCCACGAGAUGAAAACCAAAUGGCUGACGCACUAGCUACUUUAGCCUCCAUGAUUAAGGUGAACAGACAUGAGGAUAUGAAGCCUAUCCAAAUGAGUAUCCAUGAAGACCCGGCUCAUUGUUGCAAUAUCGAAGAAGGGGAAAUCGAUGAUAGUCCUUGGUAUCAAGAUAUACUACGAUAUGUAAAAAAUCGUGAGUAUCUUGGCCAGGCAACGAAGAAUAAAAAGAGAACUCUGAGAAGGCUAGCCAUUGAUUACGUCUUAGAUGGGGAGAUCUUAUACAAUAGGGGAAAAGAUCAGUGGGUUCACAAUGGCUAG